GUGACGUAGACUGACUUGCGGCUCUUCCCAUCCAACGUGGGCUGUGGAUGUGGCAGCGGAGCAGCGACAGUCCGGCUGAAUACGUGUCUCCUCUCAGCUCUCUCAGGUGUAGCUCACGUGGUUUCUAGAUUUCCACUCUAUCAGGUGUCCUCAGGUGUCAGUGCCAUGUUUGCCAGGCUGGCCCUCUGCUCGCGCCUGCCCCCCAGAAACAGGCUGUCAUACAUCCAUCCAGCCUCCAUCAGAACGUUUUCUCAGAACAAAUUCUCUCUCCCGCGGCCUCAUGGGAAAUCUUUUGUCCACCGCAGUGAGUUAAAACAGGCCAAACGUAUCGUGGUGAAGUUGGGGAGUGCUGUGGUGACCCGGGGAGAUGAGUGCGGGCUGGCACUGGGACGUCUGGCCUCCAUAGUGGAGCAGGUGGCCGUGCUGCAGAAUCAGGGCAGAGAGAUGAUGAUUGUAACGAGCGGAGCCGUGGCGUUCGGGAAGCAGAGACUGAGACAUGAGAUCCUUCUGUCUCAGAGCGUCCGACAGGCCCUGCAUUCUGGACAGAACCAGCUCAAAGAAAUGUCAGUGCCAGUUCUGGAGGCGAGGGCGUGUGCAGCUGCAGGACAGAGCGGCCUGAUGGCGUUGUAUGAAGCCAUGUUCACUCAGUACAGCACCUGCACUGCUCAGAUUCUGGUCACAAACCUGGACUUUCACGAUGAGCAGAAGCGUCGUAACCUGAACAGCACGCUGCAUGAGCUACUGAGGAUGAACAUCGUCCCGAUCAUCAACACCAACGAUGCCGUCGUCCCUCCCCCUGUUCCCAACAGCGACCUGCAGGGGGUGAAUGUGAUAAGCAUCAAAGAUAACGACAGCCUGGCUGCUCGGCUCGCCGUAGAGAUGAAAGCUGACCUCCUCAUCGCCCUCUCUGAUGUGGAAGGUUUAUACGACAGCCCCCCGGGAACAGACGACGCUAAGCUCAUUGACAUAUUUUAUCCCGGAGACCAGCAGUCAGUCAAGUACGGCACGAAGUCCAGAGUCGGCAUCGGAGGCAUGGAAGCCAAGGUGAAAGCAGCGCUGUGGGCUCUGCAGGGCGGGACGUCGGUGGUCAUCGCUAGCGGCACACAUCCUAAAGUCACGGGUCACGUCAUCACGGACAUCAUGGAGGGGAAGAAAGUGGGCACCUUCUUCUCUGAAGUGAAACCUGCAGGUCCGACUGUGGAGCAGCAGACGGAGAUGGCUCGACAUGCAGGCCGGACUCUGGCCUCCCUGCAUCCUGAACAGAGAGGUGAGAUCAUCUGCUCUCUUUCCGAGCUGCUAACAGAGAAGAAGGAAGAGAUCCUCAGUGCCAACAAGAGAGACCUGGAGCUAGCUGCAUCCUCAGGUCGUAUGUCCCAGGCGAUGAUAAACCGCCUCAGUCUGUCGACUGCUAAGCUGAACAGCCUCGCCAUCGGCCUGCGUCAGCUCGCCGUGUCCUCCAGAGACAGCGUGGGUCGGGUCCUGAGGAGGACCAGGGUGGCCAACAACCUGGAGCUGGAACAGAUCACCGUCCCCAUCGGAGUCCUGCUCGUCAUCUUUGAGUCCCGCCCCGACUGUCUCCCACAGGUGUCGGCUCUGGCUAUAGCCAGUGGAAACGCGUUGCUGCUGAAGGGGGGAAAAGAAGCUUCACACACCAAUAAAAUCCUCCACCAGCUCACUCAGGAAGCUCUCUCCAUUCAUGGAGUCACGGACGCCAUCCAGCUGGUGAGCACACGUGAAGAAGUGGACGAUCUGUGCAGGCUGGACAAGCUGGUCGACCUGAUCAUUCCACGCGGCUCGUCUCAGCUGGUCCGAAACAUCCAGCGGGCGGCGAAGGGAAUCCCUGUGCUCGGUCACAGCGAGGGCGUCUGCCACGUUUACAUCGACCAGGACGCCAGCAUAGACAAAGCCAUCGAUGUUGUCAGAGACUCCAAGUGUGACUACCCCGCAGCCUGCAACGCCAUGGAGACGCUGCUCAUCCACAGAGAUCUACUGAGAACUCCCAUCUUUGACCAGCUCAUCGACAUGCUGAGAACAGAACAUGUAAAGAUCCAUGCAGGCCCCAGGUUUGCGUCCUAUUUGACCUUCAGCCCGUCCGAGGUGAUGUCUCUGAGGACGGAGUAUGGAGACCUGGAGUGCUGCAUCGAGGUGGUGGAUAGCAUGCAGGACGCCGUGGACCACAUCCACAAAUACGGUAGCUCGCACACUGACGUCAUCGUCACGGAGAGCGAGGAGACGGCUGAGCAGUUCCUGCAGCAGGUGGACAGCGCCUGUGUUUUCUGGAACUCCAGCUCUCGCUUUGCAGAUGGAUACCGCUUCGGAUUAGGAGCUGAGGUUGGAAUCAGCACGGCGAGGAUACACGCCAGAGGUCCGGUGGGCUUGGAGGGGCUUCUGACCACCAAAUGGGUCCUUCGAGGGGAGGGGCACACUGUGGCCGACUUCUCUGAGCAGGGCAGCAUGAAAUACCUUCAUGAAAACAUCCCCGUGCCUCAGGGGAGCUUCAGCUAAGACCCUGGCCAAAGGAACGUCAUCAGGAGGGGAAAUAACUGAUAACUGCAGAGUUUGUUUUACAGUUUUUAAGUGACAGUAGCACUUCAACGUCACAGCUGCUGCUACAUCCAUCACCUGUAAGAAUCCACCGACCUGCAUGCAGGACAGACGCUUCUGCUACCAGACGAGAAGUUCGUGUUUUUUUAUGAACGUGUGCGUAAACCUGGAACUCCGUUUUUUAAAGAUUGAUGCUAAUUAGUGAGAAAAGUAGUGAGUGGUUGUUACAGGGCUGAGUAAUGACAUAAUUAUGGAAACUAAAGACGUGUGUGUGUGUGUGUGUGUGUGUGUGU